ACUUCCGGGAGAGCCUGGCGCCCUGGCCACCGCCUGUUUGCAGGGCUGCCAGCCGGCGGGCCCGGGGCUGCGGAGCCGCAGAGCGCAGGCCAGGCCGAACCCCGCCACGGUGCGCGUCACCCGGGCUUCUCGUCCACCACCAUGGGGGCGUCCGCGCGGCUCUUGCGCGCAGUGAUCAUGGGGGCCCCCGGCUCGGGUAAGGGCACCGUGUCCUCUCGCAUCACCCAGCACUUCGAGCUCAAGCACCUCUCCAGCGGGGACCUGCUGCGACAAAACAUGCUGCAGGGCACAGAAAUUGGUGUGUUAGCCAAAACGUUCAUUGACCAAGGCAAGCUCAUCCCUGAUGAUGUCAUGACUCGCCUGGCCCUUCAUGAGCUGAAAAAUCUCACCCAGUAUAACUGGCUAUUGGAUGGUUUUCCAAGGACCCUUCCACAGGCAGAAGCCUUGGAUAAAGCUUAUCAAAUAGACACAGUGAUUAACCUGAAUGUGCCUUUUGAGGUCAUUAAGCAGCGCCUCACUGCCCGCUGGAUUCAUCCAGCCAGUGGCCGAGUCUACAACAUAGAAUUCAACCCUCCCAAAACUGUGGGCAUUGAUGAUCUGACGGGGGAGCCUCUGAUUCAACGGGAGGAUGAUAAACCAGAGACAGUGGUGAAGAGACUGAAGGCUUAUGAAGCACUAACUGAGCCAGUCCUGGACUAUUACCAGAAAAAAGGGGUGUUGGAAACAUUUUCUGGGACAGAAACAAAUAAGAUCUGGCCCUAUGUAUAUGCUUUCCUGCAAACAAAAGUUCCACAAACAAACCAGAAAGCCUCGCUUACUCCCUGAGGAGAAAGGCCAUUACUAGGAAGAUAACCAGAACCUUCAUCUGCAUUUAACAGCUCCUUUUCCCAAGCCUCAGCAUC